CGCUGAGUUCACAUUGCCGUAAAAGGGUCUCUAGCUAACUUAGCGACACCAACAAGAGCUGUCAACUUUCAAAAUCAAGUGUCAAGCCGUCCAUGUCUGAACAGAAGUCCACAGAGUCCCCAGGUUCUGGCUGUGGUGUUCCAGCCCAGAGAACCUCACAGUGGGGUCCAGAGAUGGUCUCACUGAAGCUGGAAGACUGCAGUCAACCACUGGAACUCAAUGUAAUUGUUAAAGAGGAAUGGGAGGAGAGAGGAAUCGAGGAGGAGAGAGAAGUAAAAGAGGUGGAUCAGAGAGCAGUUAAAGAGGAAAUGGAGAAGAGAGAAGUCAAAGAGGAAGUAGAGAUGGCAGUCAAAGAAGAAGAGGAGGAGAACAGUGAAGUGUCUGCUCCAGAUCUAAGGGAAGAGGAGGAGAACAAUGAAGUGUCUGCUCCAGAUCUAAGGGAAGAGGAGAACAAUGAAGUGUCUGCUCCAGAUCUAAGGGAAGAGGAGGAGAACAGUGAAGUGUCUGCUCCAGAUCUAAGGGAAGAGGAGGCAGCAGUAGAUAGUAUCAGUGACCCAGGAGAGAGCUACAACCCAGGUUCAGACAGUGAGCCCAGUUCCACAGCAUCAGGAAACCAUAAACAACACAGACAGAGGAACUCAAGACAGAAACAUCAUCACUGCAUGGACUGCUUCACUAGCUUCUAUGAUCCAGAGGAGUUGAGAAGACACACUUGUAGGCCCCGACCCUGUUCUGAUUGCAGUGGCAGUUUAAUUUGUCCGAUUCACCUCAAAUCACACCAACAGACUCUCAAAAGAAAGAAGAUGAACCCGUGUGGUCAAUGUGGGAAGAGAUUUCAGACACCAAGCAGCUUGAAGAUGCACCAGAUUACUCACACAGGAAAGAGGUCGUACCACUGCUCCCAGUGUAGUAAGAGGUUCUGUCGUGUAGACGCAUUAAAGUCUCACCAGAGAAUACACACAAGGGAGAAGCCUUUCCACUGCUCCCAGUGUGGGAAGACAUUUGGUUCGUCAUUCAAUUUGAAGCGACACCAGAAAAUACACACAGGGGCGAAGCCUUUUCACUGCUCCCAUUGUGGGAAGAGCUUCGGUGAUGAAGAAAGUCAAAAUAAACACCAAAGAAUACACACAAGAGAUAAGACUUUCCACUGCUCUGAGUGUGGAAAGAUCUUCAGUAAGGGAGGAAAUCUAAAGGAACAUCAGAAAAUACAUACAGGGGAAAAGCCAUACAGCUGUGAUCAGUGUGGGAAGAGAUUCAGUCAAACAGGAGUCCUAAAGAGACACCAGCUAACUCACACAGGAGAAAAACCUUUCAACUGCUCCCAGUGUGGGAAGGAUUUCAGUCAGUCAUCACUUUUGAAGGGGCACCAGCUAACGCACACAGGAAAGAAGCCUCACCGCUGCUCUCACUGUGGAAAGAGCUUCAGUUGGGUAAGAGACCUAAAGAAACAUCAGAGAGUACACAGAGAGAAGCCUUUCCACUGCUCCCAAUGUGGGAAGAGCUUCAAUGAGAAAGGAAAUCUAAAGCAACACCAGAGAAAACACUCAGGAGAGAAACCGUACAGCUGUGAUCAGUGUGGAAUUAGCUUUAAAUGGAAACAAAGCCUGAAGGAACAUCAGAAGGCAAAGCACAGUGCAGUGCCAGACCAUGGCCUUAUAAUUGUGUUGCCAAGCUGGGCAUCUACAUAUAUAAUUAAUAUUGACACUAACCAGAUUACCAUCGAACCUUUUUAGGCGAGUAAACAUUUUUUUUUUACUUCUUGGAUAUAGGGGGCACUCUUUUAAUUUAUGGAUAAAAAAACGUGCCCGUUUUAAGCGCAA